GCUGCUGCUGAUCUAGAAUUGCAAGAAGAGGAAAAGGAAGAACAGGGAAGUUAUUCAAGAAGAAAGGUAGUUUCCAACUGGCAACGUUACGAAGAUGCUGAGAAGGAAACACAAAGUGACAGCAGUGAAUCUCAGCGUGGGACAGACUUUAGUGUUCUGCUUAGCUCUGCAGGUGAUUCCUUUACACAGUUCAGAUUUGCAGAAGAAAAGGAGUGGAUCACAGAAAACCUUUGCCCUAAACAGUUGCCUGGGUUCUAUGCUGACUGCGAGUCUUUGGCCCAAGCAUUGGAAGAGCUGUCUCUGCAUCUCAAACUAAAUGUGGCUGCUGAUCUGGUGCAGGAUGCAAUGCCUGUCACACUCCCUCCAAUUAAAUCAAAAAGUAAUGACAUCUCCAAGAGGAGUGGUGCUCAGUUACAGCAGCUUGUGGGGCAAAGUCCAGUUGUGCCAAGUAGUUGCUCUGCCACAGUCUCUGCUAGCCACUUGAUGCAGCCUAAUAAAGAUGGAUUUGAAAUUAUUUCUUCAGAGGCCCUCCAGAAAAGCCCUUUAGUUUCACACCAAGGAACAGAUCAAUUGGACAAAGACCUUGAUUUACUCCUGAAAUUGGAUGCUCCUGUUGAUUAUGAAACCAGCUCUGUAAUGGAAGCAGUGUCCCAGGCUGAAGAGUUAGAGCAAGAUCUGAAAAUAUCUCAUGACGACAAUGUCUCUUUAGAACUCUGUGGGCCUGGAGAAAAAAGUGCAGCAUCUCAACAGCAGGAAGUUGUAUCCAAAAGUAUUACUGAGGAAGACCUUGAAGACUGGUUAGACAGCAUGAUUUCCUAAGGCCUGCAAUUUGGCUGUUAUACUAGCAACUGAAAAAUGAAUUAAGAGAACAGUGGCUAUAUAUGAAAUAUUCCAUUUGCAAGCAUUCAAAUUUAGCUGUUUCACCCUGAUUUCUAAUUAUAUUGCAUGACAUUCUGAAACAGCAUAUGUGGACAACGUCCAGGAAAGAUGUGUGUUAUCAGCAGACAAUUAUUUGUAUCAAAACGUCUAAAGAAAUGUAAUUACAUUAAUCUAGAAUUCUUGUAUAAAAAGUCAGAGUUGUAUAAGUGGCUUAGGCUGCAGCCUAACACAGAUAAAAGCAAAACAUUUUCUGGCUUUUGUUGUGCAACUGUAAAAUAGAACUGGUAAGUGAAAUUGUGUGUUAAUUCUGUAGUUUGUAAUACAGCUUUCAGAAUGGUUUCUAACAAAAUAUAAUUAAGUUUGACAAAAGUAUGACAACAUUGGGAUUUGGUUUGUAAAUUCUUUAUUGCAGUGGGCACUUCUUAUUUGAAGGAAAAAUGCAUAAACAUAGCAAUUUUACCACUAGUUGACCAUAAAGCAUUAUUUUUAUUUGGCCUAAUUUUUACUUCUGUAAGAUUGUGAGACAAUAUAUUUCUUUUACCAGCUGCAUCUAAUAAGCUAUUAUUAAAACAAGUGUGUGACUACCUUUCAAGUAUUUCAUACAGUUAGACAUGAAAGCAACACAACUGAUUUAACAAAAAUGUCAAUCCAAAAUGCUAACAAACACUUUUGCAUAGCUAUUUUUGCAGAGUUUUAAGGCACUUAAUUAGGAUUUCAGGGGCAAUAAAGUGUUUCAGCAAAACUUUCUAUCUUCUCACAUUAAUUAGGAAAUGACAUGGGGAGUACCAGGGCUGGUUGAAAUAUUGUUAAAUAUCACAAC